UGUAAGGAAAAACAGAAAAAUGUCGCGCCAUCAAUUACCAGAUUCGUCCUCAUCGCCCCCCAUAAGCCAUAUACCCUACCAUAACUUUGACGAUGAUCUUAUCACUGAGCUGCCCUCCUGCAUCUAUGCGGGUCAACAUCAGAGUAGUGUCGGUGGUGCCGGUGCAGCUGGUGGCAUCACGGCUGGCGGCUCCGGUUUGCGUCUCAGUUCCAACAACUUGCGUCACAUUCAACAGCAUUAUUUACAGCAGGGCAAUGAAAAUAUGCUGGACUCAUCCACUAAUACCAAUACGCUGGUAGCGUUAAAUUCCAAUAACACCACGCCCAUGAUGUGCAAUAGUCCAACUGCUAGCAGUAGCGGCGGCGGCGGUGGCGGUGCAGGUGGUUCAGGUCCUAGCUCGGGACCAGGACCCUCGAGUGCUAGUUAUGGUGCAGCGGCCGCAUCCAGUUACAAAAUCCAACGGCAACAGGCAAAUGUGCGGGAAAGGAAACGCAUCCAGAGGUCCGCACCAACUGGGUACACUAAAUGUAGUAUCAAUUCGGCCUUUGAUGAGCUGCGCGUCCACGUACCCACAUUUCCAUACGAGAAGCGGCUGAGCAAGAUCGAUACCCUACGUCUGGCCAUUGCGUACAUAUCCCUGCUGCGCGAGGUGCUGCAAACAGACUACGAUCCUCUGACCUAUGUGGAGAAGUGUCUGCGUGGUGAGAUUAAAGCAGAUCGCGCCAAUUGGAAUACAAGCGAUUUGACGGCACGUCUCUCCUGGAUUAAUUGGGAGAAUCUGGGCGUGCAUCCAGGACGUCGCACUCUGCUCACAUCCCUUGCAUUGUCCUCGGAACCAAUGUGCGGUGCACACUGUGGCAUGCCAUAAGCCUAUUCCAACUCAACUAAGUUGCUCUUGGUUAGGGGAAAGAAAUCCUUUGUUUUUGAAUGCUAGCAAGGGAUAUUUCAAAUAUUCCAACUAGCAGUCUACUUUGAA